AUGCAACACCAGCAAGAGGACCGUCAGCAGCAGCAGAAGCAGCAGCACCGAAGACAGCAAAAGCAGCACCACCGGCAGCAGCAGCAGGAAGAGCAGCCGCACGAGCAACACAGCUGCAAAAGAAAGAAGCAGCGAAAGCAGCAGCAGCAGCAACAACAGCAGCAGCAGCAGCAGAAAAAGCAGCGGCAUGGACAGGAACUAACAGCAACAGGAACAGGAGAAACAGCAAGAUCGGCAGCAGCAAAAGUUGCAGAAGCAAGAGCAACAACAACAGGAUUAGGGACAGCACCAGCAGCAGCAGCAGCAGGAGCAGCAACGCAUUAG